AGGCAACGCGAGAAGAGAGAACUCAAUAUGGCGAAAACCCUGCUUGACGACGAAGGAACAUGACUGUAGUUGUUAAUCAUAAACGCUACCAACAAACGGGAAAAUAGGUUUUUAUAGUUUUAUUUGCGUUGGUCAGCGUUUCUCAAUCGAAAUGGAGACGGAAGAGACGACAUUGGCUUUAAUCAGAUAUUAUUGCAAUGAAAAGUAUUUCAACCAUGCUGUGAAAGCUGCAGCAGCAGCUCUGACAAAAUUCAGAGGUGACCACGUGCUCACCUUCUUUCAUGGAUAUGCCACUUUAAUGCAAGAUUCAAUUGGCGAAGCCACAGCUGAGUUGGACACGCUAAAAGAAGCACGAGAUGUGUCUCUGUGCACGUUAAUGGCACUUGUCUAUGCUGAGAAGAAAAAGACAAAACCUGACAGAGAAGUUGUUCAAGAACUCGAAGCAAAAAUCAAGGAGGACCGCAAAAGUGCGUCUCCCCAGAGUCUUUACCAUGCUGGCAUGUUCCUCUGGCUGUUAGGCCGGAAUGACAAAGCAAGAGAAUACACAGAGCGUAUGAUCAAACUCUCCAAUAGCUCAAAAGACGGAAUAAUCCUGAAAGGAUGGAUCGAUGUGACAUGUGGGAAGGAUACGUACGCCAGAAAGGCUGGAAAAUAUUUUGACGAAGGACUGAAGGACGGACCAGAUGUUUUUGCUCUAAUGGGAAAGGCACAAUACUACGAAUAUCGUCAGAACUACUCUGGAGCGUUAGAUGUGGUUAACAAGAUCAUUGCCACUUUCCCUGGCUUCUUGCCUGCUCUUAUUAAGAAGAUGAAGCUGUUUUUAAACCUCCAAGACUGGGAGCAAACAAUCGAGGCGGCAAUCAGACUUUUACAAAUGGACAAAAACAACCUGGACGCACUACAGAUGCUUACUCUGCAUUUCUUGUGUAAAAAUGGAGAUAUUACUGAGUCAACAAAACAUCUUUCCAAGCUGAUCAGCAGUCUAGACAUGCUGGAACCACGAAACCCAGAACUGGCUUAUAAAAUGUCUCUUGCAUUCACCAGAGUUUGUGGCAGAAAUGAAAAAGUGCUUGAGCAGGUGUUCAGGAUGGUGGAAAAAGCUUACAGCGUGAUAGACGGGAACUCGGAUUUAGCCACAGAGUUGGGUUAUCUUAUGGUGCUUCAGGGGAAAGUCAAGGAGGCCAUAAAGUGGUACAAGACUGCCAUGACGCUGGAUGAGACCAGCCUCCCAGCACUGACUGGUAUCAUUCGAUGCCAGCUGAUAGAAGGCCGCCUUGAAGAUGCAGACCAACAGCUGGAAUUUCUCACGGAAAUUCAGCAAUCCAUAGGAAAAUCAGGGGACCUCCUUUACCUGCGUGCGCUUGUGGCAAUAAAAAAGCGCCACCCUCAAGAAGAGGUGACCAAGCUCCUGAACGACGCUGUGGAAACCCAUUUCUCCACUCUCCAGGGUCUACCUUUGGGUGCGGAGUACUUUUACAAGUUGAACCCUGACUUCCUCUUACAGAUUGUCAAGGAGUACCUUGCUCUGUGUCCCACUAAGCCUCCACCCCAGGGCCAGUCUCCUGCUCCUCAGCUCAGGCACUGUGCUGCAUUGUUGGACACAGUAGUCAAGAUUGUGCCGGGGCUCCUUCAAGGCCUCUUCCUCCAAGCCAAAGUCCGAUAUCAGUCCGGUGAUGUGGAUGGUGCUCAGACCAGCCUGCAGCACUGCCUGGAACAGUGUCCUUCUCAUACGGACGCGCAUCUGCUCAUGGCUCAGAUCCACUUGUUGCGCGACAAUUUCAAUUUGUGCUCGCAGUCGCUUGAAGUCUGCCUCAGCCAUAACUUUGAGAUUCGGGAACAUCCCUUGUACCUCCUGAUCAAAGCUCAAGCAAAGAAGAAAAUGGGGGAGCUGACUGAAGCGAUCCAGAUUUUACAAAUGGCACUGAGUCUUCCCGGGGUCUGCAGGGCUGGAUCAGCAGCUAAAUCUAAAAAUAAAAAGAUUGACCUGAGUUCUGCAGACUGUGUCUCCGUCUUCUUGGAGUUAGCAGAGGCCUUGUGGCUCAACGGAGAACAGCACGAAGCAGCCAAGGUGAUGCAGGAUGCCAUCAAUGAGUUCUCGGGGACGACCGAAGAACUCCGUGUCACUAUCGCCAACGCAGACCUGGCUUUGUUUCGAGGUGACACCGACUUGGCUCUGAGCAUGCUGAGAAACAUUACACCUGAGCAGCUCUACUACAUCCAAGCCAAGGAGAAAAUGGCCGACAUUUACCUGAGCAACAGAAAGGAUAAGUUUCUGUAUGUGAGCUGCUACAGGGAAAUGGUGGACAAGCUACCAGGCCCUCAAACAUAUGUCUUACUAGGAGACGCUUACAUGCAUAUUUUAGAGCCAGAAAAGGCCAUUGAGGUCUAUGAACACGCUCUGGAGAAAACCCCCAAAGAUGGCGCUCUCGCCAGCAAGUUUGGGAAAGCUCUGGUCAAGACUCAUUAUUACACCAAGGCAAUACAUUACUACGAAGCGGCGCUGAAGUCCGAGCAGCAGAACUUCCUGCGCUAUGACCUGGCUGAGCUGCUGAUGAAGAUGAAGCAAUACGAGCGCUGCGAGAAACUCUUGCAUGACUCUCUCUCCCGUGAGCCAGCGAAUGAACUAACGGCCCUCUCCGAUGAUUGCCGUUAUCUAAUGUUGUUGGCCAAUGUCCAAAAUAAGGUUGACAAAACAGAAGAAGCCUUAACAACCCUACAAAGGGCCCGUGAUGUACAAGCCAAGGUGCUAAAGCGGGUGGAAUUGGAAGAGCCCGACGCCGUCCCCAUGCAAAAACAGCUCGCCGCCAAGAUCUGCUCCGAGAUCGCACAACACUACACGGGCCAGAGAGGCUACGAGAGAGCCAUCAAAUUCUACAAAGAAGCUCUUGUUUACUGCGAGACCGAUCACAAGGUGAUGCUGGAGUUGGCUCAAAUUUUCCUCACCAUAGAUGAGCUUGAUUCGUGCCAGGAACAAUGCAGCGUCAUCUUGAAGAACGACCAGUUUAAUGAAGAUGCAACUCUGAUGAUGGCCGACCUUAUGUUCAGGAGACAAGACUAUGAGCAGGCUGUCUUCCGUUAUCAGCAACUGCUGGAGCGCAAGCCAGACAACUACCCAACAUUGUCACGUCUCAUCGACUUGCUGAGGAGGGCUGGAAAGUUAGAGGAUGUACCCAAAUGUUUUGAUAGGGCAGAAAAGCACUCUUCUCGGGUAAAGUUUGAGCCUGGUUUUAAUUACUGUAAAGGACUUUAUCUAUGGUACACAGGGGAACCGAACGCUGCUCUGCGCCACUUCAACCAGGCACGGAAAGACAAUGACUGGGGUCAAAAUGCGAUUUACAACAUGAUUGAAAUCUACCUAAAUCCUGACAGUGAAACUAUGGGAGGAGAAGUAUUUGAGAAUUUAGAUGGUGAAAUUGGGAACUCUACAGAGAAGCAAGAGACGGAGCAGGUUGCGGUGAGAACCGCUGAGAGGCUCGUAAAAGAAAUAAAGCCGCAGACCCCUGGUGGACACGUACAACUUCGUAUCCUGGAAAACUACUGCUUGCUAGCCACAAAACAGAAAGCCAAUAUAGAAAAAGCUCUUGCUGUUUUCACAGAGUUUGCAACCAAUGAGAAAGAUCACGUGCCAGCACUGUUAGCCAUGGCAACGGCAUACAUGAUGCUGAAGCAAACUCCCCGAGCCAGGAACCAACUGAAACGUAUCGCAAAGAUGACGUGGAAUAUUGUCGACGCUGACGAGUUUGAGAAGAGCUGGCUGCUCUUGGCCGACAUCUACAUCCAUUCGGGGAAGUAUGACUUGGCAGAUGAUCUCCUAAAGAGAUGCCUCAAUCAUAACAAGUCAUGCUGCAAAGCUUAUGAGUAUCGAGGUUUUAUAAUGGAGAAGGAGCAGGCAUUCAGAGAUGCGGCAUUCAACUACGAACUGGCUUGGAAAUACGGAAAUCAGUCCAACCCAACCAUCGGAUACAAGCUUGCGUUCAACUACUUAAAAGCAAAGCGCCAUUUUGAUGCCAUCGAUGUGUGCCAUAAGGUGCUGGCUGCUCAUCCAAAUUAUCCAAAAAUGAGAAAGGACAUUUUGGACAAAGCUCGUUCUGCUCUAAGGCCAUAAGAUCUUGACCGCCUGGAAGUUUGGUUCAACUUGUUGGAGUUAUUUUCUGGGAAUUAGUCUGUGCAAAUCAUAGAGGAGUUAGACUGGAAUUUAAAAAAAAAAGUCUACACACCUCUGUUCAAAUGCAAGGUUUUGUGAUAUGAAAAAUACACUAAAGUAACUCACUUCAAAAUGUUGUCAAUUAUUAACGCGGCCUAUAAACUGUACAAACAAUUUUGAUAGGCAAAGUAAAAAUAAAUGAAUGCAGGAAGUGGUUCCAGGUUAAAAAUUACAUUACUGAUCACAAAAAACAUGGCAUUUGAACAGGGGGUGUAGACUUUUUAUAUUUGUAUACUGUUGUAAAAUAGACAACUAUUUUGUGGAUAAACUUAAUAACCAUUCACCUUACUAUUUUUCUCUAUCCAGAACACAAAUAAAGAUUAUUUUUGUAUGGUU